AUGAAUGCAGGCAAGUCAGAUCUUGAGUCGCUCGGAUUUCUCCCGCCGAAGAAUCCGAGUGCUGAACGGCUGGGAAAGGUCAUCGCCUUCUUCGACGACAUCCUUAUUUCAAUGAAGGCAUGGCAUUGGUUUCGAGAGAGAUUGCCUGAACACUUACGGGCGCGGACAGCGAUUUAUAACUCACGUCGUGGUGGAAACUCCAAACUGGAUGUGACCGCGCAGUUCUGUGACGACAAAACCGACAUACUAUUCGCGAGCGAGGCUUGGAUACGAUACGUGGUUUCGGGUAUCCUUUUCAUGGUCCCUGCAUCGUUGUCUAUUUGGCUACAGCGUGCAGGCCGUGCCGUUCGAAAGAAGGACGCACAGGCACAUACAUACCUGCUGGUGCAACCGAGGGUGUUUCAGGAGAAGAACAAGAAAAAGCGGGAAGAGGGAGACGAAAUCGAAGAUGUGGCAGACGAGCAUCUAAAUAAUCCUGUCAAUUGUCAAGCCUCAUCCAAUUUGGCCAUGGACGAAGCCCAGUCUCCCGAAUCCCCUUCGACACGGACCAGCGCGGUACACAACGUAAAACGAGGAGCAGUCAAACGCUCUGAUCAGCAUCUUGAGGAGGCACGGAGACUUCUCCGACGCUGGCGCGCGUCGACCUAUCAAGCGAACUACGAGAGAGUAGACGGCGAGAAGGAGGCCGCGAAGAAAGCUAAGGCUGAAGCACGAAAGGCUGAAACGAAAAGAAAGCGAGAAGCGAAGAAACGAGCCAAGGAACGUGACGAGGACUUGUCGUCGUCGUCGUCGGACGAGGAGGCGUUGGCGCUCGUCGAACGCGCUCCUAAGCGCCCUCGUGUUUCGCGUUCUCACGCGAUGCGAUCUUGCCCAAAUCUUGCCUCCGCCUCCUCUUUUCCCUUCCCGCGUCUCCAACUACACAGGCUGCUGACAUCCUCCGUUGGCCAAACGCCUCCCGUGCUCACAAGUCGUACAUCGUCACCUCCUGAGAGCGCGACGGCCGUGCCACGUCUAACGGCGUCUUCAGAUCGGUCGUCUUCAGCAUCUGCAAGACCUGUCUCGUCCUUAGAUGGCGCCGCGGCGGCUAUUGGGUAUACAGGAAUAGGUGGAGCGUCCGUAAGGACUGCAGCAGCGUCCAAUGAACCCUCGCAGACUGCUAUGGCUGUUCCUGUGAACUACCAUCAUUGUGGUCUUGUGUUUUUAUGGAUCAGGAGAAAUUCCACCCCCAUUCUUUUGUCUCUCUCCUCGGCGCCUGCCUCCUCUUCGUCCCAUGUGAUUUCGUCCGUCACCGGUGAGCCAAGCGCUCACUGA